UGCUUGUUUGCUGUCGGACGGAGAAGAGGAAAAAGAUGGCAGGGCGCGGGAAACGAAAAACUAAAUCUACUCCCCAGGAGUCGGACUCUGCCAACGGGGAGUUGAAGAAGAAAGCCCGGCCAGAGGAGCCGACAGCCGGACCGACCUCUGCUGAGGUGCCGACCGGACUGAGGGAGGAGGUGGAGGGGCUCUAUAAGCUCCGGAUGCCCGAAGACUUCUACCUCUUCUGGGACUUCUGCUCUUGGCUCAGCCCCGACAACCCCCGGGGUAGGAUCACUCACUCACCCACAACCAGCCCCCCUGACAACCCCCGGGACGCGUUGAAGGAAAUUCUGGGUUUGAAGUUGGUUGGCCCAUUUGACAUCCUGGCGGAGGCCCACCGUAACUCAGCCAACCCCCGGCCCAACUACCACCUCCACUGGAGGUUCUUCUACGACCCUCCUGAGUACCAGACCGUAAUACAGGGGAGUGGGGAGAACCUGCUACACAUAGGUUACUACAGAGAUAGUCCGGACUCCCUGCCUGUGUUCCUAGGGGAGAAUGAAGCCAAGAAGGGCUGUACCAUCACGCAGAUGGGGGACAACAUGUUUGCUGCUGUCCAUCUGUUUCUGGGUAGGAAGAGGAAGGAGAGGGGCGGGCGUAAGGAAGGGGGCAGGGCUCUGGAGAACCUGGGGGAAGAGUUAAGAGAGAGGGCGGAGUCUCUGGGCUUUUCUCUGGAGCAGAAGACCAAAGGCAUGAAGCAGAGAGACAAGAAGGUGGUCACCAAGACGUUCCAUGGAGCAGGCCUGGUGGUUCCUGUUGAUCAGAAUGAUGUCGGUUACCGGGAACUGCCAGAGACGGACGCGGGUCUGAAGAGGGUGUGUAAGGCGAUAGCGGAGGCCAGGUCUGAUGAGGACAGGAUGAAGACUUUCGGCCCACUUCAGGAGAUGAUCACCUUCGUCCAGUUCGCUAACGAUGAGUGUGACUACGGCAUGGGACUGGAACUGGGCAUAGACCUCUUCUGUUAUGGAUCACACUACUUCUAUAAGGUGAUCAGGCAACUGCUGCCCAUGGCCUACAGCCUGCUGAAGAGGGGCCUGUUCGGAGAGAUCCUGGAGGCUCACCUCUCCAGCCGCUCCCACGCCAACCUGGACCAACUCACCUCAGCCUGAAGAAAACCACGGGAGAGGGAUGGAUUGUUGUUUUCCAUAAGCUCUGGCCACGUGUCUUUUUAUUAGUCUUGUUGUGGUGCUGCCGUCAUUGAAUGGUACCGGCGGUGUCUCUCUGUGUGUGCAAACGUCAAAUAAAGUAUUAUAUUCCUAAGAGAC